AUGGCAUCUACUGGCCUCUUCAGCUUGGCGAGGCGUCGGAAUCGGAAUGCCUCUGCAAAUAGAUUGCCGACAUUCCCCCAAUUCUCACAAUUGCCCAUCGAGAUUCGCGAUCUGAUCUGGAACUUGGCACUUCCAGGGCCUCGAGUUAUCAACGUCAACUACCAAGCAUACUGCGUCACGGACGACGAUGGCUCUGUCCGUCGGCGGGAUGGCCAUAUUGCAGCACCGUCUGAUGCCGAUGUACCAAUGCUUCGUACCUGCAAGGAAUCUCGAGCUAUUGCUCUAAGGGUUCUGGAGCUCUCCUUCGUCAAUCACCUACCUCGACCUAUUUACUUCAACCACGCUUGUGAUGUUCUUCUUUUCAACGGCCCCGAAGCUUUGAAAUCGUUCUUCAACUUUGACCAUACUGCUUUCCCUUUACCGUCCAAUUCUCUUCAAGUCAUAGGAUUUGUGCCAAUGGUGUGGUCGGACAUAAUUUAUGACAAUUUUUAUGGCCUUACCCGAUCAAGCGCUCACGCAAUCAUGGCGCAGCUUCUUGGGCAGUUCCCUUACGACGCCAUGUUCAGAGCUCCUAACUUGACAAAGAUCUUCGUUCUUGCACCAAAGGGUACAAUUCAUGAGACUUGGGGUUCGUACCCAGGGGAUAUCCGAGGCCAAGGACUACCACAUGGCGAAGGAUUCAUGCUACGCUACCACCACGGAUGGGACCAGGAGAAGGAACACCCUCGUUCGAUUAUCGGCUCGUUUGUGGAAUCAGUGGAUAAGAUUUUGAUAGAAUCAGUGAAAGAGGUUUCCGAUACGCCCAACGACGACGACAAAAUGGCCGUCGAAGAACAAGCUGAAGACGAACAGGCCGAAGACGAAAACGAAGGAAGGGUGGGACGGACGACAGACUGGUGUAGACAGGUUGUGGUGGAGGACACUGGGCCAGUAGUUACUCGUUGGCACUUGCGAGAGAAUUGA